AUGGCGUACGCUCCGUCGCGAAAGGCUGCGGCCUCGCAGAAAGGAAACCCUCCUCCUCCGCCGAAAGACAAAGCUGUCACGCUACCGGCCUCCUCAAAGAGUUAUGCAUCAGAAGGAGUUACAGACAACGACGUCUUCCUCCUACCGGCCUCUGACUACCAGAUCAUGGGGCUGCUGACUGUUGUGGCAUGCGUGGUCCGCCUGUUCAGAAUCUACCAGCCCAGCAGUGUGGUCUUCGAUGAAGUCCACUUCGGUGGCUUCGCGACCAAAUAUAUCAAGGGCAAAUUCUUCAUGGACGUCCAUCCUCCUCUGGCAAAACUUCUUAUUACUCUCGCUGGCUGGGCCGCAGGUUUCAAGGGCGAUUUCGACUUCAAAGACAUUGGAAAGGACUACCUGGAACCUGGGGUGCCAUAUGUUUCAAUGCGGUUGUUGCCGGCUGUGCUUGGGGUUCUGACUAUCCCGACCAUGUUUUUGACCCUGAAGGCCUCCGGGUGUAGGACAGUUACGGCAGGCCUGGGAGCUGCACUUUUGAUCUUUGAAAAUGGCCUGGUGACACAGUCGCGACUGAUUCUCUUGGAUUCCCCUCUCGUUAUCUGCACCGCGUUUACUGCCCUUGCUUGGACUUGCUUCACCAACCAGCAUGAGCUGGGUCCCGAUCGAGCGUUCGAUGCCAGCUGGUGGUUCUGGCUGGUAGCCACAGGUCUUGGUCUUGGGGCCACGGUCAGUGUGAAAUGGGUCGGUCUCUUCACGAUUGCCUGGGUUGGCAGCUUGACGGUUCUGCAACUGUGGGUAUUGCUCGGCGACCAUGUCAAUGUCACGCCGAGAAAGUGGUUCAAACACUUUUUCGCACGAGUCUUCUGCCUCAUCGUCAUUCCGGUUGCCUUUUAUGUCGGCAUGUUUGGCAUUCACUUCAUGUGCUUGGUCAAUCCUGGAGAUGGCGAUGGCUUCAUGUCGUCCGAAUUCCAAGCGACGUUGAACAACAAAGGCAUGGCGGACACCCCGGCAGACGUAGCAUUCGGCAGCGAGGUGACGCUUCGACAUCACAACACCCAAGGUGGAUAUCUUCAUUCUCACCCACAUAUGUAUCCAACUGGAAGCAAGCAACAGCAAGUCACGCUCUAUCCUCACAAGGAUGAGAACAAUAUCUUCCUGAUCGAGAACCAGACUCAGCCCAUCACCGCUGAUAACGUCACCAUUCCAGGACCUCGUGCCUGGGCGGAUUUGCCCCCGACCUGGGUGAAGGACGGGGAUGUUAUCAAGCUCUACCACAUCAUGACCCACCGACGUAUCCAUUCUCACGAUGUGCGACCCCCCAUCACUGAGGCGGAGUGGCAGAAUGAAGUUAGUGCGUACGGGUAUGAAGGAUUCGAGGGAGAUGCCAAUGAUUUGUUCAGAGUGGAGAUCGUGAAGUCCAUGUCCGAUGGCGAGGAGGCCAAGACGCGAUUGAGGACGAUCCAAACCAAGUUCAAGCUCGUUCAUGUGAUGACCGGUUGUGUGCUGUUUUCCCACAAAGUGAAACUGCCCGACUGGGGGUUUGAGCAACAGGAGGUGACCUGUGCCAAAGGAGGCACCUUGCCCAACAGCGUCUGGUAUAUUGAGCAAAACUGGCAUCCGAAACUGGGCGACGACGCCGAGAAGGUCAAUUACAGAAACCCCGGCUUUUUGGGCAAAUUCUGGGAAUUGCAGAAGGUCAUGUGGAAGACCAAUGCCGGCCUCGUCGAGUCACAUGCUUGGGACUCUCGACCGAGUUCGUGGCCGAUCCUGAGACGUGGUAUCAACUUCUGGGGCAAAGACCAUCGUCAAAUCUAUCUCCUCGGAAACCCUGCGAUUUGGUGGCCCUCGACGCUGGCGAUUCUGACCUAUGCCAUCUUCAAAGUCAUUGCGAUUUUGCGUUGGCAGCGUGGCUGUGAUGAUUACUCCAACGUCAAUUUCAAGCGGUUUGACUAUGAAAUCGGACAAACUGUACUCGGUUGGGCGUUCCACUACUUCCCCUUUUACCUCAUGGCACGACAAUUGUUUUUGCACCACUACUUUCCGGCGCUUUAUUUCGCAAUCAUGGCUAUGUGCCAGAUUUUCGAUUUUGUCACCAACCGGAUUGCCUUUUUCGGGCUCAAGAAGUAUCCAGAGAUUGGCCGCACCCUUGCUGCGUUGUUCGUCGCCUUUGCCAUCGUCGUAUUUACCUUGUAUGCCCCAUUAGCAUACGGUAAUCCCUGGACGCAAGAUCAGUGCCGAAAGGUCAAGCUAUUCGACACUUGGGACUUUGAUUGCAAUACUUUCCACACCGAUUAUGCGAAAUACUCAACGCCUCUUCCGCCAUAUGAUCAGCUCAUUCCCACGGUGCCGACUGCGCAGGUGGCAUCGGAGCGCAAAGAAGACGCUUCCGCCGUCACUCCUCAAGUAGGUGAAGGCAGUGUCAUCGCAAAAGAAGAGCAUGUGGAGUAUCGUGAUCAAGAUGGCAACUUGUUGGACGAAGCGCAAGUUGCUGCUUUGAUGGCCGAAGGCAAGGCAUCUUUCCAGACCAAAUAUGAGACACGUACGAGGAUGGUGGAUGAGUAUGGCAACGAAGUCAAUCCAUCGGGAGUUGCACCAGAACACCCGGAUGCAGAGGGACAAAAUCCCUCGACCAGAGGAGUUCCAGAGGACCAAGCUAGAAGCCAACCUCCGGAUGUCAACGCAGGCGGCUCGGUAAAGAAAGGAGAUGAUGGAAAAGCAAAGCCUGCCAGUGACGCGAGCGAGGCAACGAAAUAG